AGAGAGAGAGAGAGAGAGUAAGAGAGAGAGAAAGAGAGAGAGAGGUUGGUGUGGUGAAGAUCAGCCGAGUCUUAGCACAGAGAUCUUCAGUCAAUGACAGCGCUCACGUUCUCCUCUUGAAGAUGCUUGUGCUGGUCGGUGUGUGCGCGCUGCUGAUCGCUGGAGCUUCUGCCCGCAACGACAACGGCAAUUUUUUGGACGACAAAUGGUUGACCGGGAGAUGGGACAAAUUCAGAGAUGAGGUGGAGGAACCAGGAACAUGGAGUCCAGGAAAACCAUUUGAUCAAGCUCUGGACCCUGCCAAAGACCCGUGCCUCAAGAUAAAAUGUGGCCGGCAUAAAGUGUGUGUGGCUGAAGAUUACCAAACACCCACUUGUGUUAGUCAACGCAGAAUGAGUAUUAAGGACAGCAAUUUGAACUCACCACUGCUGAAAUGCAAAAGAUGUCCAGUUGUGCACCCUUCACCUGUUUGUGGAACAGAUGGACACACUUACUCCACCAAGUGUAAAGUAGAAUAUCAAGCUUGCAUCUCUGGGAAGCAGAUUUCCGUGAAGUGUCCAGGACAGUGUCCCUGCCCUUCAGGAAAUCCAGCAGAGAAGAGAGAGUGUGGUAAUGCGGAGAUGACUGAAGUGGUUAGCAGAUUACGAGAGUGGAUCACAGUUCUUCAUGAGAGCGGCAAUCCCAGCAAGAAAUUAAAGUUCCAGAAGCCAGAGAAGAUGGUGGACACGAGUAAGGUUCCUCUCUGUAAGGACUCUCUGGGCUGGAUGUUCUCCAGACUGGACACAAACUUUGACCUUCAGCUCGAUCAGUCAGAGCUGUCCAGCCUGAGCUCAGAGAAGAGCGAUGUGUGCACUAAAGCCUUCUUCAGGUCAUGUGACACAGACAGAGACAGACUCGUUUCCAGCCAAGAGUGGUGUUCCUGCUUCCAGAGAUAUCAAGAGGCUCCCUGCCAAUCAGAGAUCACCAGCAUCCACAAACAGCAAGCCGGGAAGAAAUUACUGGGUCCGUACACCCCCUCCUGUGAUGAGGAUGGCUUCUAUAGGCCUCAGCAGUGUCACAGAAGCAGGGGUCAGUGCUGGUGUGUGGAUCGCAAUGGAAUUGAGAUUGUGGGGUCUCUUACCCAUGGGCCUGCUGACUGUGGUAAGAGGGCUGUGGAGUCUUCUGGAGAUUUUGGCAGCGGUGACGCUCUGCUCUCAGAUGAUGAGGAUGGUGAUGUUGUAAAUGAUGAAGAAGAGAUGGGAGAUGAUGAUGAUGAAUAUGAACAAGUUGAUGAUGAAUAUGGGUACCUGUCAUAAUCCGUUUUCCGCUGUCUUUUUUUAAAUAUAUAUAUAAUUAUUUUAAGACAUUUAAAAACAAGGAACCAAAUAAUAAAAAUAGAUAAAUAAACCGACUUUGAUUUGGUUGUAAAGCAGGUUUCUAGGUGGCCUCAGUAGAGUGCAGUACUAACAUUACUUAAGAGUUCUUCUUCCCCUGUGCUGUAUAACAUUUGAGCAAAAUUAAUACCAGUACUCAGUAACCACCUUUCAUUUUUAUAACAUGUCUUAUAUUCAUCCAAAGCGAAUAAGUAUAUAGACAUAACUAGAAGAUUAUUGAGGGUUAAAUGUUUGCACUUAUAAACAUGCGUAUGAAAUACAUGUGAACACAUGAUGUCAUGAGGACUUUACAUUGUCUAGAAUGUGAUUUUACAGUCAUGCCUUUAGAGGUUAACGUCGAUAUUCAUGGCUCUUUACGUUUCUUUUUUUUAAUCAGCAGAAUGAUAAUUAAAAUGACAGAUAAACUAUUAAAAUGUAUCUGUAAUUGUAUGUUAGAAUGGACAUUCUAGAAGAAACGGUUAAGACAAGGCCUGUAGUGACCACACGUCAGACACCCAGUAACACAGAUGUGACUGUUAAGAGAGGACAGAGUCAUGCUAUUUACAGAGACUUAGACACACGCACACACACUUAUCUUGUGAACACUUUGGCAGGCUUUGGGCAUUAGGUGCCUUUGACACAACACGGGGAAGAGGUCUGGGGAAAAAAAGAGAGAAGGAGCUAUUUAGUGUUAGAAUGUAGAACUUGACUGGCAUAUGAAUCUAAAAAAGGUUUUUGCAUCACGUUCUUUGUUGUUUUGGUCAAAUGCCAGAAAUGGAACAUGAUUAGUUAUUUUGCAUAUGUUACUGUAGAUGACAAAUCAUAUAAUAGAUGCUGCUGCUGUCAUUUAUUCUCCUCGUCUCUCUCAGUGCUUUUGCAUUUUCUGUCAGAUUUGUUUUCAUAAUGUGCAUAUGAAAAUAUAAAGUUCCUUCUACGGACAUUGUGGUGUUUUCUUUUAAAAAAAUGAAAAAGGUCAUUUGGUCGAAUGAGUUUAUGAUCAUCAGUUGCAGAGGUCAAAGGAACCAACUUUAUCAGUGUUGUCCAGCUGUUGUCAUAGAGAUAACACAUUUUGGUUUGUUUGUUUUUUACAGUAUAUAUAUAAUUUGCUCAAAUAAAGUUACAAAGACUAAAAAAUA